UUUCAAAGCUCGUUAACUGUUGUCUGUUGUCUUGGAGCUGUUAGCUGUUAGCUCUUAGCCUGUAAACAACAAACACAGAGAGGGCUUCAGACUAAACCCAACAUGUUCCUGUGAUGGAUUCAGAGUAAUAUCACAGAGACCUUCUCUCAGGUUUUAUUCCACCUUCUCACCUCAGAGUUGUAAAAUAUGGACACCCUGGAUUUCACUGAAGAGGAAAUAAGGGAACAAUUGGCCCUGCUGGGAUAUAAAAACAUACCAAAACACAGGCUGCUGGAGUUCAAGCAAGAUCUGGAUGAGCUGAUUCAACAUGGAGAAUGGAAAAGCUUGACCUCACCGUCUCAGACAAACUGUGACAAACCUCAGGCUGCAGCGUCUCGCCCGAGUCCUCCUGCCUACACCAAAGAGAAAGUGAGCCAGAUAUACUUUGACGACUCUCAUGAGGGCUUCUUCUUACAUGCUGGACCAGCAGACCGGGACAGACGGGUGCUGACCACCUGUCAGAACAGAGACUACGGGCGGCAGCAGGGACCAUGUGACUCGUACGCUCAGCACUCGGUGGCUCCGAAGCUCCAGCUGCCUCCAGGCGCUCCAAACAGGCUGCAGGUGGAGCCAGAUCCUGACGACACCCUCCAACCGCCGCUCACUGACAGCUACACCUCCAGUCCUGACACCCAGGGGCGACGCUUCAUCAGGAGAAAAGUCCUCAGGAAACACAAAGGACAAUCUCUCAUCUGUGAUGAAUCAAUCUACAGUGAAGACUCGGACGCAACGAGCUGUUUGGAGGAUCGUCUGGAGGAGCUUUGUUUAUCCUCGCCGGCUCAGCGUGACUUGGAAACUGAGAACGACGACAUCGACAGUCGGAGUGAAACGCAGAGCUCGGAGACCGACAGAGUCUCUGUGAGCGCGUUUGAAUCCUACAUCAGAGGCAUGACUCGAUCUCAGAGCGAAGGCGACAUCAGACCCAAACCCAAAUCCUUCAUCAGACCGGUGAUGAACCAACAAACCAUAAAGAAGUCGGAUCCAGUAGCCAAGUAUUUCCAGUACAAGCAGCUUUGGGAAAUGUUCAAACUUCCAGGAGAGACGGACAGGAGAGUUCUGCGUCAGGAGAUAAAGGAGCAGCUUGCGUACCAGCCUCCACCUCCGAAACCUCGCCGAGUGUACGUUCCGAACACUUACAUCGUGCCUACAGAGAAGAAACGCUCGGCGCUGCGCUGGGAGAUCAGGAACGACCUCGCCAGCGGUGUCCUGCCGCACAAAGUCAGCUACCGGUUCUAGGCCUUUUCCACCUCCUCACCUUUUUAGACCAACUUUUUACAACUCUCUUUUUUUACCAUUGUGAUAUUUAUUCUCUUGUUGAACAUAAUAAAGACAUGAAAACAUUUGAAA